GAGCCAAUCACGUGCCGAAGGGGCGAGUACAUGGUCCAAAUUUUAGGCGGCGCGUGCGACGGGCCGAAAUACGGAGAAAAUAUAUCCCGGUCUCAACCGGUUUCAACCGGUCUGUAGUUGGAAGCAUGAGCGUGGAGGAAGAGCACAUUUGCACGCAUUAAAAUAUCUCUGCUGUCCAACAGUAUGUGCGAAUAGAAACAGAAAUAAAAACGAGACUCUUUCACUUCGUUAUUAUGAGCCGGAACAUCGGUCCAAGUGUAACUCCGUGAAUCUGUGUUGAUAGCUUAGCUUAACGUUUCAUUAGCCAGUGGACCUGAAUCAUCAUUGACUUUGCCAUUAGCAUGCUAAGUUGCUAUUAGCCUUGUGGGACUCGGUAAUCACUAGUAGCUAAAGAAAUGUAUGUUUGAGUGGUUGAAGACAAGAACUAGUAAGAAUGGUAAACUGCCGAAAGCUUUAAAUUCAACGCCAGAAUUGCGAAGUAAACACCGUAACGGUAUUUUUCAAAAUAGGGAUUAGUGCCACCCAGCAACAUUAGCUUUUGGCUAUCGAAAGCAAGAAGCAGUGUGUGCCAUGAGCUAGCGUUACACCGUCUUAACGCUUUGGGAGGAUUAAUAUUUUGGUCUCCAGCUGCAAGUUAACCAAAACUCGUCUUCGACGAGCGGACAGGACCUAUCAGAAGCUCUAUGCCAGCAGAAAUUACCAUGUUGGCAGAUCACCCAGCCAGACAACUGCUGGACUUCAGUCAGAGACUGGACAUCAACCUGUUGGACAAUGUUGUCAACUCCAUGUACCAUGACAUCGGAUCCCAGCAACGAGUGGCCCAGGAGGUGCUCACCAACCUGAAGGACCACCCAGAUGCUUGGAUGAGAGUCGACACCAUCCUGGAGUUCUCUCAGAACAUGAAAACUAAAUAUUAUGCACUGCAGAUUCUGGAGGAAGUCAUCAAAACACGCUGGAAGGUUCUCCCAAGAACCCAAUGUGAAGGUAUCAAGAAGUAUGUUGUCGGGUUGAUCAUCAAGACUUCUUCUGAUCCUGCAAACAUGGAGAAAGAGGGAGUGUACAUUUCAAAACUAAACAUGAUCCUCGUACAGAUCCUGAAGCAGGAGUGGCCCAAACACUGGCCCACCUUCAUCAGUGAUAUUGUGGGAGCGAGUCGCACUAGCGAGAGCCUCUGUCAGAACAACAUGAUCAUCCUCAAACUGCUCAGUGAGGAGGUUUUUGACUUCUCUAGUGGCCAGAUGACCCAGGUGAAGGCCAAGCACCUGAAAGACAGCAUGUGCAACGAGUUCUCCCAAAUCUUCCAGCUGUGCCAAUUUGUGAUGGAAAACUCCCAGAAUGCCCCUCUGGUCCAUGCCACACUGGAAACCCUCCUUCGCUUUCUGAACUGGAUUCCUUUAGGUUACAUCUUUGAGACCAAGCUCAUCAGCACUCUGGUCUACAAGUUCUUGAACGUGCCCAUGUUUCGUAACGUGACACUGAAAUGUUUGACGGAGAUCGCCGGAGUGAGUGUCGGCCAAUACGAGGAACAGUUUGUCAACCUGUUCACCCUCACCAUGUGCCAGCUGAAAGAGAUGCUGCCUUUGAACACUAACAUCAGAGUGGCCUAUGCCAACGGGAAGGACGACGAGCAAAACUUUAUCCAGAACCUGAGCCUGUUCCUCUGCACCUUCUUGAAAGAGCAUGGCCUGCUCGUUGAGAAGAAACCCAACCUGCGAGACACAUUCAUGGAGGCCCUGCACUACAUGCUGCUGGUGUCGGAGGUGGAGGAGACGGAGAUCUUUAAGAUCUGUCUGGAGUACUGGAACCACCUGGCAGCAGAGCUCUACAGAGAGAGCCCCUUCUCUACUUCCAGCACCCCGCUGGAAGUAGGGGUAACAGUAACCCUGCACGUCCCACCUCGCAGACACCUCUAUCUGCCUGUGCUCUCCCGGGUGCGUUUGCUGAUGGUGAGCCGCAUGGCCAAACCAGAGGAGGUUCUGGUGGUGGAGAACGAUCAGGGCGAGGUGGUCAGGGAGUUCAUGAAGGACACGGACGCCAUCAACCUGUACAAGAACAUGAGGGAGACUCUUGUGUAUCUGACCCAUCUAGACUAUGCCGACACUGAAUGCAUCAUGACAGAGAAGCUCCACAACCAGGUGAAUGGCACCGAGUGGUCAUGGAAGAACCUGAACAUGCUCUGCUGGGCCAUCGGCUCCAUCAGCGGGGCGAUGCACGAAGAGGACGAGAAGAGGUUCCUGGUGACUGUCAUCAAGGACCUGCUUGGCUUAUGUGAGCAAAAGAGAGGGAAGGACAACAAGGCCAUCAUAGCGUCCAACAUCAUGUACAUUGUGGGCCAGUACCCUCGCUUCCUCCGAGCCCACUGGAAGUUCCUCAAGACAGUCGUCAACAAGCUGUUUGAGUUCAUGCACGAAACUCAUGAUGGUGUGCAGGACAUGGCAUGUGACACCUUCAUCAAGAUUGCCCAGAAGUGCCGUCGUCACUUUGUCCAGGUUCAGGUGGGAGAGGUGAUGCCCUUCAUCGAUGAGAUCCUCAACAACAUCAACACCAUCAUCUGUGACCUGCAGCCACAGCAGGUGCAUACGUUCUAUGAGGCAGUGGGCUACAUGAUCGGGGCCCAGACCGACCAGGCAGUUCAGGAGCUUCUGAUAGAGAAGUACAUGCUGCUGCCAAACCAGGUGUGGGACAGCAUCAUCCAGCAGGCCACCAAGAAUGUGGACAUCCUGAAGGACGCGGAAACGGUGCGUCAGCUGGGCAGCAUCUUAAAGACAAACGUCCGAGCCUGUAAAGCUGUUGGUCAUCCUUUUGUCAUGCAGCUGGGACGAAUCUACCUGGACAUGCUCAAUGUCUACAAAUGUCUGAGUGAAAACAUCUCCUCAGCUGUCCAGACUAACGGUGAGAUGGUGACCAAGCAGCCUCUGAUCAGAAGCAUGAGGACAGUGAAGAGAGAGACGCUGAAGCUGAUCUCAGGCUGGGUUAGUCGCUCCAACGACCCUCAGAUGGUGGCUGAGAACUUUGUGCCCCCGCUGCUGGAGGCUGUGCUCAUCGACUACCAGAGGAACGUCCCAGCCGCCAGAGAUCCUGAGGUCCUCAGCACCAUGGCGACCAUCGUCAACAAGCUGGGAGUCCACAUCACAGGAGAAAUCCCCAAGAUCUUUGACGCUGUCUUUGAGUGCACUCUGAACAUGAUCAACAAGGACUUUGAAGAAUUCCCAGAACACAGAACCCAUUUUUUUUACCUUCUUCAAGCAGCUACCUCCCAGUGCUUCCCGGCCUUCCUGUCCAUCGCCCCAGCUCAGUUCAAACUGAUCCUUGACUCCAUCAUCUGGGCCUUCAAGCACACGAUGAGGAAUGUGGCCGACACAGGUCUACAGAUCCUUUACACGCUGCUGCAGAAUGUGUCUGCAGAGGAAGCGGCAGCACAGAGCUUCUACCAGACGUACUUCUGUGACAUCCUGCAGCACAUCUUCUCUGUGGUCACUGACACUUCUCACACAGCAGGUCUGACUAUGCACGCUACCAUCUUGGCCUACAUGUUCAACCUGGUGGAGGAGGGGAAGGUCAGCGUGGCCCUCAGCGCAGCCAGCCCCGCCAAUAACCAGGCACACAUCCAGGAGUACAUCGCCAACCUACUGAAGACGGCUUUCCCCCAUCUGCAGGAUGCCCAGGUGAAGGUGUUUGUAACGGGUCUGUUCAGCCUGAAUCAGGACAUCCCCGCCUUCAAGGAGCACCUGAGGGACUUCCUGGUGCAGAUCAAGGAGUUUGCUGGCGAAGAUUCGACGGACCUGUUCCUGGAGGAGAGGGAGGCGGCUCUGCGCCAAGCCCAGGAGGAGAAACACAAGCUCCAGAUGUCAGUGCCUGGCAUCCUCAACCCCCAUGAGCUGCCGGAAGAGAUGUGCGACUGAACAAAGGUCAAGAGAGAGCAAGAAUGCUUCCUGUUGAUUAAUCAUUUUCUUUUCAAGUGCAUCUGUGUGUGAAAGUAUGUUUGAAAAGAGAAUGAGGGGCCAGACGAAGGACCCUGGCACUCGGUUGUACGUCGACCAAAUUAAUGUCAAUAUGUAAAUGAGAACUACUCCCUGGACCUCGUCAACCCUGGCAUGACCUUUUUGUUCCUACAGACUUAUUUUAUACAGAGGCUCAUUUUGUGCAACAUGCCAUCUUUUGUUAUUUCUUUAAUUAAGUCUUUGUUUGACUGUACAGUUCUUUUACAUCUGCUUGGAGUUGAAGGAAGUGACUUUCUAUUGGUUAAUCUCUCUUCAACCCACCAAUUUGCCCCCCCCUAUUUGUUAAUAUGUAAUAUAUGAUGUUGAAACACUUGCGGUGGUGAGCUGACAGACUGGUUUCAGAAGUGCACAGUGCAGGACAAAUAUGGGCCUCAAAGGGUGGACAUGUACUUCAUUGCUUCCUUUGUUGUCUUGUUGGUGUGUUUGUUGUUUUUUUUGUUUUUUUUGUUGUUGUUUUUUUUCUUUGGCUCUCUGAGUCGGAGCUUCGGUUGGACCGCUCUGCAUUUGGAUGAGAAGGAAGGCUGUGUGCAUAUCAUCCUGUUUGUAAAGCUGUCUUAGUACUCUAAGAAUAUAAAGUUGCCUAUUUUUACAAAAUCUGUGUGAUUCUGCUUCUUAUGCAAAGCUGAAGAAAUGUCACAGUUUGUCUUCCAGGACAAAAACUGUUGUCUGUGACACUAAACAAUGAGUGACAAUAAACAAAAGUUGAAUACAGCUUUUUGGGCUGUAAGACAA